AUGUCACUUUUUGAUAAUUCACGUGAGAAAUUAUUCUAUGCUCAUAAAGGAAUCUUAGCAAGUUCCUCUCCAGUAUUUGAAUCUAUGUUAACGAAUGAGAAAGAGGAGGAUAAAAUUAAAUUAUGUCAAACAAAUCAUUCCGCGUUCCUUGCUUUGUUAACAUUCAUAUAUACUUUUAAUGUAAAUAUUACGUCUUUAUAUGACGCGGAAAAUUUAUUGGUAUUGGCUGAUAAGUUUGAAAUUUUCCCUGUACGAGAGGAAUGUUUACGAUAUUUCCGUUUAGAAUUGAACGUUGAUAAUGAUCCAUCUACUUUACACGCCGAUCCAAAUAUUUUGCGACUCGCACUCGAAAAUGAUGAAGCAAAUGUGAAUUCCGAAGAGAAAAUUUAUGAACUGGUUGUUCGUUGGGCAAAUUAUUCGUACUCUUUAGAUUCAGAUACAUCAUCGACACGAAAUUCUACAAAUACUCAGGUUGAAAAGGUUUUACCACCAUCAUCUUCAAAUUCAACAUCUGCAUCAAUGCCAUCAGAACUUCCUGAAAAUUUUGAAGAUGCUGUGAAUGAUAUGCAAAUUCCUUGGUGUGGUGAUAGAUUUGCAGCGCUUCAUUCCUUAUUGAAAUGUGUUCGAUUUCCUGUAAUGAAAAAACAAUAUAUUUUCGAAAAAGUUGAAGGAAAUCCUUUAAUAAUGGCAGUAGAUGGGAUGAAGGAUCUGGUGAUAGAAGCAUAUUGGCAUCUUUUGAUGCUUGAGGUUCCUAAUUCGGAUUCUAGUAACAGAGUUAAACAUCGAAGACGUAAGAUGAUAACUGUCGAUUAA